GGCUGCUGGUGACCACUGUGCUGCAGAAAUGAGGUCCAGAUCUGUGUGGCUUCUGUCAGCUCUGUUCCUCCUACAUGUCCAAGGCUGUUUCUCCCUGAGCUGCCCCAGAGUCGUGGCAGGCACAGUCGGAGGCUCCUUGAGUGUUCAGUGUCACUAUGAGGAGAAAUAUAAAAACAACAGAAAAUUCUUGUGCCAUCAAUCGUGUGGGCCCAACCAGGAUAUCGUGAAGACAAUAGCACCAGAGAGAGAAAUGCGGAAUGGCCGUGUGUCCAUCAGGGACGAUCCUGCAAGCCUCAGCUUCACAGUGACCCUGGAGGAGCUCCGCCUGCAGGACGCGGGCACAUACCAGUGUGGGAUCGAUAUAACACUGAGCUGGGAUGCCACCUUCUUGGUUGAGGUGCGUGUGUCCCCAGCCACAGAUCCGACACAAUCCUCCAACCCCCUGAAAACCACAGACACCCUGGUCCCCGUGACGACCCUGCUCCCGGAGCUGACCCUGCCUGUGUACACCCGGCCCAGCCCACCACCUCGGUCCCAGCUCAGCAGCGUCCACUCCUUGAAGCUCCUCCUGCUCCCGGUCUUCCUGAAGCUGCCCCUGCUCCUGGGCACGCUCGGGGCUGUCCUCUGGAUGAAAAAGAGGUUGCAGAGGGCACACUGAGAGAGGCCAGCUCAACCCUACAGGAGUGUCCUGGGAAUGAGAUGAUCGGAGUGAUGUCAGCUCUUUUUUUU